AAUGGCUGGACUGACUCUGACCCAGCUUAUGGCUACUGGUUCCGGGAAGGGGCCAAUGUAUACUUUGACGCUCCAGUGUCCACAAACAACCUAUCUCGAGAAGUGCAGGAGGAGACCCAGGGCCGAUUCCGCCUCGCUGGGGACCCUCAGGUCAACAACUGCUCCCUGAGCAUCAGAGAUGCCAGGAGGACGGAUGAGGGGACAUACUUCUUUCGGGUGGAGAGAGGAAAUGUAAAAUGGUCCUACAGCCCAUAUAAGAAUUACAAACCUGACCAGCUCUCUCUGCACGUGACAGCCCUGACUCCCAAUAUCCUCAUCCCGGGGACCCUGGAAUCCGGCCACCCCAGGAACCUGACCUGCUCUGUGCCCUGGGCCUGUGAUCAUCGGACACCCCCCGUGAUCUCCUGGUUGGGGGCCUCUGUGUCUCCUCUGGGCCCCACCAGCUCUGCCUCCUUGGUGCUCACCCUCAUUCCGCAGCCCCAGCAUCAUGGCACCAGACUCACCUGUCAGGUGACGAUCCCUGGGGCCAAUGUGAUGACAACAAGGACCGUCCAUCUCAAUGUGUCCUGUGAGAACUGGCUUCCUGUGGGGCCUCUCAUGAGUCUUGAGCUCUUAGUUCCUGAAAGAAGGACCCUGAGGAACAGACUUUCACGGGCAGCCCUGGCACCUCCCGCCCCAGACAUGCUGCUGCUGCUGCCGCCUCUGCUCUGGGGGAUGGAGGGAGUGCAGGGGCAGGGACAGAGACCAUUUGGAGAUGGUUACAAGUUGAAAGUGAAGUCAGUGAUGGUGCAGGAGGGCCUGUGUGUCUCUGUGCCCUGCUCUUUCUCCUACCCCCAGGGCGACUGGACUGACUCUGACCCAGUUUAUGGCUACUGGUUCCGGGGAGGGGCUGAUACAGACAGGGAUGCUCCAGUGACCACAAACAACCCAGCUCAAAAAGUGCAGGAGGAGACCCAGGGUCGAUUCCACCUCCUUGGGGACCCACAGUACAACAACUGCUCUCUGAGCAUUAGAGAUGUCAGGAUGAUGGACCAGGGGAUAUAUUUCUUUCGGUUGGAGAGAGGAAUGGUAAUAUGGAACUACAGGCCAAAUAUGGAUUACAAGGUUAACCAGCUCUCUCUGCAUGUGCCAGCCCUGACUCCCGACAUCAUCCCGGGGACCCUGGAGUCUGGCCGCCCUGGGAACCUGACUUGCUCUGUGCCCUGGACCUGUGAUCAGGGGAAACCCCCCAUGAUCUCCUGGAUGGGGGCCUCCGUAUCCUCUCUGGACCCCACCAGCUCUGCUUCCUUGGUGCUUACCCUCAUCCCACAGCCACAGGACCACGGCACCAGCCUCACCUGUCAGGUGACCUUGCCUGGGGCCAAUGUAACUACGACAAGGACCAUCCAUCUCAAUGUGUCCUAUGCUCCUCAGAACUUGACUGUGACUGUCUUCCGAGGAGAUGACACAGCAGCUACAGACCUGAGAAAUGGCUCAUUUCUCUCAGUCCUGGAGGGUCAGUCUCUGCGCCUGGUCUGUGCUACCGACAGCAAUCCCCCUGCCAGGCUGAGUUGGAACCGGAAGAGCUUGACACUGAGCCCAUCUCAGCCCUCGAGCCCUGGGGUGCUGGAGCUGCCCCAAGUGCACCUUGUGGAUGAGGAAGAAUUCACUUGCCGAGCUCAGAACCCUCUGGGCUCUCAACAUGUCUCCCUGAGCCUCUCCAGGCAGAAGAAAUCAGGGCCCCUGGCAGAGGUGGCUCUGGUGGCCCUCGGGGAGGUGGCUGUGAAGAUUCUGUUUCUCUGCCUCUGCCUUAUCUUCCUCACGGUGAAGUGCCACAGGAGGAAGGAGACAUGGGCAGCCACGGGCAUGGAGGAUGGAAAUACUGCAAGGAUUAAUCUCUCAGGUCCUCCCCUGUCUGAACAGCCAUGUUUCCCUCCAUUGCUGGAGAGUGAGGUGCCAACACCCCACCUGGACUGA